AGCCGCGGUCGCGCCAACACAGGGAAGCUAGGCGCCGUGGGGAUGAGUGUAGCCGUUGUCGUUUUGCUCCCUCCCCUUGGUGCAAUCAGCUCCUUGCCCAUCUUUUCUGGAAAGCGAAGAUUAACGGAGUUACCGGAAUGGCAAAGGCCUCCCCUGGCGUUGGAAAUGAGUCUUGGAGAGUCCUUGAAUUUUACAGUGGGAUAGGCGGCAUGAGAUACUCGCUGAUGAAAUCAGGCGCGAACGCGGAAGUUGUGGAAGCAUUUGAAAUUAACGACAGAGCCAAUGAUGUUUACCAACAUAAUUUUGGUCAUCGUCCUUUUCAGGGAAAUAUUCAAAGCCUGACUGCUACCGAUCUUGAUGGCUAUGGGGCAGAUGCAUGGCUUCUUUCUCCUCCUUGCCAACCUUACACUAGACAAGGUCUCCAGAAGGACACUGGUGAUGCUCGGGCAUUUUCCUUUCUCCAGAUUCUUGAACUUAUGCCAUUAUUAAAGCAUCCUCCAAGCAUGUUAUUUGUGGAAAAUGUUGUUGGAUUUGAGACAUCUGAUACGCAUGCAACAAUGAUUGAAAUAUUGGAAAAAACAAAUUUUAUCACUCAAGAGUUCAUCUUGAGCCCAUUACAAUUUGGAAUCCCAUAUUCAAGGCCGCGAUAUUUUUGUCUGGCGAAAAGAAGACCUUCCUCUUUUGUAGAAGAACGUUGGAACAACAUGCUGAUUCAAUCUCCCAGACCAUUAUUUGAGCAUGAAGAUUUAGUGCCUGAUGAAGAUGUUUCGUCACAAAAGGACUGGGAUAAGUUGCUGCAAUCUUGUCAGCCAAUUGAACAAUUUCUUGAAUUAAAGAAUCCUAGCAAUGAUACAGAUGUUGAAUCUGCAUCACUGCACACUGAUUUUCUCGGAGAUCUGAAGCAUGAUGUACGUGAAUAUGAUGAGGAAGUGCCCAAUAAAGCAUCUUUAGACCAGUAUUCUGUUCCUUUGGGCUUGAUAGAGCGGUGGGGAAGUGCUAUGGAUAUUGUCUAUUCUGAUUCAAAGCGCUGUUGCUGCUUUACAAAAAGUUAUUACAGAUAUGUGAAGGGAACCGGAUCACUUUUGGCAACUGUCCAGCUGGAGAAGAAGGACAAAACUUCACUGAAGGAGCUGCGCCUUAGAUAUUUUACCCCAAGAGAGGUUGCAAAUCUACAUUCUUUUCCCGAAGAUUUUCAAUUUCCACAGCACAUAAAUCUCAGGCAGAGGUAUGCCAUUCUAUUUGUUUCAACUCUUAUUUUGCAUAUUCUAUAUGGAAGAACCGUAAUAUUGUUGUUAUUGAGACUGCUGUACAAAUGGGCAUCGAUUUGAUCUAUUGCUUGUGCUUUCAUUGAUGCCAAUAAACUUCUUUGUUUUGCACAGGUAUGCUUUGCUCGGGAACAGUUUAAGCAUAGCAGUUGUUGCUCCCAUACUACGGUAUCUUUUCACUGAUCCUUUGUGAUAUUCGACCACACCAUCUGCUAAUAAGCAGAUUCGGAUGUUUUGUCCCCUGCCCAUCGCCUAAAUUUUUGCAUGGUCAUAAUUAUAUGACCAAGUCAUCUUGAACAUGAAGUCUUGGGUGUAUUUGGUCCUCUUCCACAAGAAAAUUCAAUUUAUAAUGUAGUUCUUGCGACCGUUCGUCAGGACUCUAUUAUGAGUCGAUCAGUUUAGUGUACUAUAUAGUAUUUUGUGAAUGCAUGGUCCGAUAAAGAGAAAUUUACUAUCAGUAUUAUUA